CUUUACACAGACGGUGGAACUGAUCUGAGAUCUGUUCUCUGUAGAACAGACACAGAGGAGAGAAAAUGAUUUAUUUUUACUCUUUAAGUGUCGGAUGUGCCAUUUGAGAACCAAUCAACACGUCCGUGUUUACACUGUGACUGUAACCUGCUGGUAACUAUGGGCAAAAAGAAAAAAAAAGAAAAAAAAAUCUAAUAAAGGACUCGUCGUCGUCACUCCGCAUGCGUAAAAGCAGCGUCUGCGUCUGUUGUGCCAAAGGCGAGUGUUCAAAACCAAACUCCGCAGUUUGUCCGUCCGUCAGAGUCGAGUGCGUCCUGAUGACGACGACGCAGCUCUUUUUACGCACACGGCUCCACGGCUCCACAGCGACACGACACCGUCUCCAGAGCGGCUUCCUGUCACUUCACCAUGGCUCGGUGUUUGGCACCGUCUCUGCGCUCAGCUCCAGGCUGCCCGCGGCGGGCGCGCGUUUGACUUCAGUUAAAGAACCGCAUUUGACGCACGAGAAUCAAACCGCCCUGAGUGGACAAACACUGCAGAGUUGACCGUUCCUUUUAUUUUAUUUUAUUUUCUUCAAGGUGUGACGAUCGGAGAUGGGGAACAUCACGGCUCCUCCGCAGCUCAACCAGACUCUGGGAGUUUGGACGGACCACAGCCUCCAGUACAAAGUCACCGGCAGUUUGCUCCUUUUCCUCAUUUGCUUUUUGGGCAUCGUGGGCAACGUGAUGGUGAUCCUGGUGGUCCUCACCACCAAGCACAUGAGAACUCCCACCAACUGCUACCUGGUGAGUCUGGCGGUGGCGGACCUCAUGGUUCUGACGGCGGCGGGUUUGCCCGCCAUCGCCGAGGGCGUGUUCGUGUCCUGGGUGUUCGGCCACUACGGCUGCCUCUGCAUCACCUAUCUGCAGUACCUGGGCAUCAACGCGUCCUCCUGCUCCAUCACCGCCUUCACCAUAGAGAGGUACAUCGCCAUCUGUCACCCAAUCAAAGCGCAGUUCCUCUGCACCUUGUCCAGAGCCAAGAGGAUCAUCCUGUUCGUCUGGGCCUUCACCUGCCUCUACUGCACCAUGUGGUUCUACCUGGCCGACCUGCAGGAGACGGUCUACGACAACGUCACCAUCGUCACCUGCGGAUACCGAGUCCCACGGAAAUACUACAUGCCCGUUUACUUCUUCGACUUCGGCGUCUUCUUCGUGCUGCCGCUGCUUCUCUCCGCGGUUCUGUACGGACUCAUCGCCCGGAUCCUCUUCCUCAACCCGCUGCCCUCUGACCCCAAAGACAAGAAGAAGAACGGACACAGCGGCGGCAACAACAACCACAGCGGCAACAGGACCAUCAGCUGCAAGAACUCGCGACACUCCAGCUCCACCGCCACGUCCCGCAGACAGGUGACCAAAAUGCUUGCCGUGGUUGUGAUCCUCUUUGCCACCCUGUGGAUGCCCUACCGCACCCUGGUGGUGGUCAACUCCUUCCUGGAACAGCCCUACCUCGACAACUGGUUCCUGCUUUUCUGCCGCGUCUGCGUCUACCUCAACAGCGCCAUCAACCCGGUCAUCUACAACGCCAUGUCGCAGAAGUUCCGCGCCGCAUUCCGCAAGAUCUGCCGCUGCAGGAGGAAGGGCUCGGACAAACCCGCCACCUACAGCGUGGCGCUCACCUACAGCGCCGUCAAGGACACGUCGAUGGUGGAGAGCACCGACCACUACACCACCGAGCUGGAGGAGCUGACCGUCACCGACGAGCUGCUGACGGAGCAGAAGGUGAUGUUUCCCAACCCGUGUGUUUACGGGAAGGUGGAUUUCAGUGACGCCUGAGACGGAAGGAUUAAAGACGUGGACAAUGUGGCUUUAAUGUGUCCGUUAAGUGCGAGGGCGGUUUCUUGAUUGCCCGCUGACCUUUUCAGGGGGCAACCUGCUGCUGCUGUAAACACAGAUUACAGCCUCUAAUGUGUCACAGCUUCAUCGUUGACGCCAAACACGCUCUCUUUUAUCAAUAGCGAUCCACAAACACGGGCAGAUAAGUGCUGCCCAAUCACACGGCUCCUCGCGUUUCAACGGACCCUUGAAAUAAACCGUGAGUCCAGAUGAUUGUCAACUGAUUGUCAACAGUCUACCUUCAAGUACAAGAUGCUCCGUAACAUCGUGUCAUCAAGGACCGAGCUCAUUGGCUGCACAUGGACGUCAACAAACUGUACCAACCACAGAACUAGUCAGUGACGUCACCAAAAAUCAUCAACCUGAACUAGAAGACAUUUCCUUCAAACUGCAAAACAACAUGACGUCACUGUCUUCUGGACCAUCUAACACAAACUUUUCUGGAUCAUGCUUUUUCUUUUUCGGAGGACUCUCUGACUUGCUUGCUAACAGCAAAGCACCAGAGCAUCACCAAGUGUCAGCCCUGAUGCUGACAUUCUGUCUAAAAAAAAAAAAAUCACCGAUGGACAGACCUGAAACUCUGCCUUUAAAUCACUGUACAUAUCCUUCAGUAAUUUAACCACGCCGUCGUUUUUUUCCAGAGUUUUCAUUGAAAAUCAAUCCAUUUAUCUCCAAAAUAACCCAUCACCUUUUGCAGGUGUUUGCCCCCCCACACCCUCUUCCCUCCCCCUCUGGUGUUCCAAGGCAGACGGUCCAUUAAAGUAUGAGUCAGACCUUAAUCUUUGCUAACAAAACAGGUCGUAUUUUUCGGUGGUAAGGACAGGAUCCAGCCUUCAGGGCUCUGUGGAAACUCAGAUUAGAAGACUGAGCUCAUGUCGUUGUCUGGAGUUUAGUGAACAUAAAAAAACUGCAUUAAAAAAAAACACAUUUAAACACUCCACGUCCAUCUACUCUAUGUCAGAAACAUAAAACCAAUCAUUAUUUUUUAAAGUACAUUUUACUUUGUAUUAGCCUUGAAAACGUCUCUACUUCUUAUCAGGUGAACUCAUCCAGGUCACUUCAUUAAAGAACAUAUUUUCUGAGAGUAGCCUUGAAAACCAGCAGUAAGUUUAAAGGUGAAAAAACAAAUGGAAAUUUUUCUUAGGAGUAAAAAAAAAAACAGGUUUGACUUUAUCUGAAUCUAUUGGAAAAAACUUUCCUUGUAUCUAUUAAUGAAUAACUAAAAUAUUUCAGAGACCAACUGCAGGGUCGAGACCCACGGAAGUGACACAGAAGCUGUUUUUGUAUCUCUUAAAUAAACAUUUUGUAUUUUAAAUGUAAUUUCUUUUUUUUUAAUUUUGGAAAAAAAAAUGGUUUCUCAACAAACUAGAACAUUUUGAAUAUUUUUUUGGAAAAAAAAUUGAGGGGAAUUUUUUUUGGUAAAAUCCUAAUUUUGCAUGUCAUGUGGUCAUAUGGUGAAAAUUUAUGAUGGAAAAUUUUGGGGGGAAAAAAUUCAAAAAGUUAUCUUUUCUGCAUGUUUCUCAUCAAAUUAGAGUAUUUAGAAAAUUCUUUAAGAAAAAAAAAACAAAUUUGAAAUAUUGUUCCACAAAAACCAGGAAGCAGAUUUAAAAAUCAAUCUCAUCUAAGAUUUUGGAUAGUGGAUUUCAUGCUAUAAAUAAAUACUAUAAAUAGUGUAAAAAAUAAAACUGCUGCAUACUACUUCAGUAUUUAAAUAAUUGCGCAAAUAAAUUUAAAUAACGACCCCCAAAAAGCAAAAUCAAAUCAUUAUUGAAAUCUUGUCCCAGGCUGGAUGUGAGGUGGUUGAUGCUGCGGGGCCAAAAGUGGUCCCCAGGCCGGGAGUUUGGCACCCCUGCUGUGCACCCUUUACUGUAAGACACGUCGUAUUAAAACUAUGACACGUUAAGUUUCUUCAGUUAAUGUUUGUGAGAAUAAACUGUACAUAAUGUCACUCAGCUGUAACAUAAAGAUAUUUAAUGUCUGUGUUUGAUCACAUCCACAGUUUUGCUCGUCUUGCUCUGUAGUCGUGAGCGUUUUCUGUCGCCAUCUGUGACGGCGGUUGAUUUUCCAAACACGCAGUGGAAUCAUUUUGGCCGCAGCCGUUCACUGGCGUCGACUCUAAAGCUACAGUGUUGGUGUUGACAGUGUACCGGCUCUGGAUAUCGUCACGUUUGUGUGCGUUCCGUGUGUACGUGAUUGUUAUUUAUUGUAACUUAUGUUGAGGAGAGAAACGACGUGUAUAUAUUUACGCCCGCGGGCGUUCUAUAUUUUGGUUAUGAUAUUGAGAUAUUCUAUUUAAAUAAGGAACAUUUUAACCGUUUUUUCGCCUCGUGACGCCGUUGAUUGUUGAUUUGUACAUUUUAUCCUUUUGUGUUUGACAAUAAAGCUGUUGCGAAAAUUUGAAUUUUAUUCCAAUUUAUCUCAUCAUUUAUCACUGUCGGUUUCAUCUCUUCAAUUUUGCCAUAUAUAUAAAUAAAUAAAUACAGCUGCUAAAAAACUUCAGAUUUUUUUAUAUACAAAUUUUAAAAACUUCAACGCUGCCAUUUUUAGUUUGCCACUUUGCUCACAGUAAUAAAAAAAUCCUGCAGUACCACUGCUGUCCAGCAGGGGCUGUGUUCACAAACGCCUGUAAGUAUUGUCAAAAACUGCUAACACUCGAACAAUAAUCUAGUAGGACUGUGUAGGCUAACUGCUAGCUGUUUUACAUUGGCCUGUUUUUGACUUUAGGCUAAAAAAAGAUUUAAAGGAAAUACUCGGAGAUAAUCACAAAAAUGGAGAUAAAAGCACAAAUCAAAUCAAAAAUGUUUCUUUAAUUAACUUGAAGCUAAUCUGCUCCUGCUAGCAGUUAGCUGAACAAUACCAAUUAUGGUUAUUUUGGCCUGAUUGCCCUAAGGUAAUGAAAUAAAUUACCUAAAAAAAAAA